CUCACCUAUGAGGUUUGACUGCCCACAUACCAGCAGCCGAUAUCACACACUUCUUAACCGCCGCCUUUCUGGCUAAGCCAUAUCACUCGAGCCAUUAUUCUACUCUGACUUGCUCUGUUUUUUCUACUUUUGCUUUAUUUUGAUUUGCGCUGCUGUGCUGUGCUGUGCUGUGCUGUGCUCUUCUCUGCCUUUUCCUUCUCUACACGUCCUCGUCGCAUAUAUCGUCAUCGCUCGGACAGCUGCUGCUCCUGUCAACUCAAAAAUCAGAGACCCCCAAUCAAGCAACCACAGCUUAGGUGUCACCAACUCCUCUCUUCGACCUGUCACUUCCACCGGCCCCACGCUGCUACCCCAGAGCUGUUCAGCAUCGACACGAGAUUAUAGAAAUACAACAUAGCCGAAAUGUCGCCAGCUGAAGACAAGAGCGAGCCCGUUGGCGACGUUGACUUUGGCGAUAACAUCGAUAUGGCCACUUUCGAGCAAAUCCUGGAGAUGGAUGAGCCAGGCGACACCGAGUUCAGUUCGUCCAUCGUGUUCGGCUUUUUCGAGCAAGCAGAGGAGACCUUCGACCAGAUCAAGGAAGCGCUGGAGAAUGAAGAACUUGAGACACUGUCUUCUCUUGGUCACUUUCUCAAGGGUUCAUCAGCGACGCUGGGACUCAUCAAGAUCAGGGACGGAUGUGAAGCGAUCCAGCGAUAUGGCAAGAAUGAGAACUUGGACGGCUCUUCACUACCGGACGACGAGAAGUGCCUAAAGCUCAUUGGUGACUAUUUCAAGGCUGUUAAGGAAGACUACGCCACGGUAGAAGCCCUCCUGAGGCAGUACUACGAGCAAAAGGAAUAACGCAGUCACCCAAACAAUGCCUAGGAUUAAGUCGACACGUCACGUUCGGAUCAGGACCAGUCCUCUCAGCGGCAUAGUAGUCUACUGGGAGGCUUGUCGUAAACCUUGGAUGAGGGACAUUUUCUUUUCAUCAAAUAGUUGUUGUGUUUAGGUAUAUUCAGGAUGGAAGAGGCCGGGUUCAUCGAAGCAGAUACCCCAGGCCUUGAAAGGCUUGAGGCUUAGAGGACGACCCGCCAGGUCAAUCAGAUCAAGGGUGUUACGAGGAAGUGCAGAAGGACAUACCAUUCCACUCCUCUUUGAAUUGAAAAGCCUAUUUGAAGAUCCAUGAUGAUGAAGAAGAAGAGACGGUUUGGAGAUAGACUUGACAAAGUAUGGAAUUGGUGCAAAAAAGAAGACUGCCCGCCAUGUAACUUCUUAAUCAGGUAUCUGUUUCCAGUGUUAU